ACACACUCACAAAAAAGAAACAUGAAGUUUGGUAAUGAAUUUGCUUCACAAAUGGUGCCAGAAUGGCAAGAAGCUUACACAGAUUAUAAUUUCUUGAAAAGCCUUAUAAAAGAGAUCCAAGUUUUCAAAAGUAACAGACCGGCCAAACCGUUUGGUCCGAGGCGAUCCCAAACUCUUUACAGAGCCUUCAGUGGCCUAACACAGAGGGUGAACACCCCAAGCUCUCAUCAGGCUGCAGCUGACAUUGAGAGUCAAGCCAUUCUCGUGCAAAACGUGAGGCGAGAAGGCGAGGAGCGUUCAGAGACGAUGUUUCUGAUGGCUGCAGACGAAGGAGGGGAGUACGAGAUGGUGUAUUUCAGAAGGCUGGAUGAUGAGUUCAAUAAGGUGCUGAGGUUUUAUAGGCUGAAAGUUGAUGAGGUGAUGAAGGAGGCUGCUGUGUUGAACAAGCAGAUGGAGGCAUUGAUCGCGUUUCGUGUGAAGGUGGAGCAUCCACAGGGAUGGACUAAUAGUGUGGAGGACACCACUCAGCUUGCCUCAGAUACUGCAGCUUCUUCAGCUGCAUUGUUUGCCAACAGCCCCUCUGCUAUCAAAGCAAGCAGAAGAGUUCUGAUGGCUGGUAUAGAUGAAGAGGAUUGGAUACCAGGCCCCGGGCCGUCUGCUAAAUCAGAGGCUAGUAGGAGAGAAGGAAUUGUUGAGAUGGAGGCAGUAAAUGCAAGGAUUCAAGAAGAGAAGAAGAAUGACAAGGCGAAAAGGCCUGCGCCACUGGAGGUUCUUAAACAGGUUAAGUUUAACACGACUCAAGAAACACCUCGCUCGACAAUCAAAGGAUUCCUCAAUCUUCCCAACCAGGCAGAUUUGAAGUUCACUAAGGAUAACUUGAAGAAAGCAGAAGAUCAGCUUAAGAGGGCUUUUGUUGGAUUUUAUCAGAAACUGAGGCUUCUGAAAAAUUACAGUUUUCUGAAUAUUAUGGCAUUCUCAAAGAUCAUGAAGAAAUAUGAUAAGGUUGCUGAAAGAAGUGCAUCAAAAUCUUACAUGAGAAUGGUUGACAAUUCCUAUUUGGGCAGUUCUGAUGAGGUGAGCAAGCUGUUGGAGAGGGUAGAAGCCACCUUCAUCAAGCAUUUCUCAAACUCGAACCGCAGCAAAGGAAUGAACAUCUUGAGGCCUAAAAGAAAAAGGGAAACACACAGAAUUACAUUCUCCACGGGAUUUCUAUUUGGUUGCACAGUUGCUCUUAUCGUAGCACUGAUUCUGAUCGUUCGUGCACGUAAAAUACUCGACAAACAAGGGAGAGCAAUCUACAUGGAAACCAUGUUUCCCCUCUAUAGUUUGUUCGGGUUCAUCGUUCUCCACAUAAUAAUGUACGCUGCAAACAUAUACUUCUGGAGGCGGUAUCGAGUGAAUUACUCCUUCAUAUUUGGAUUCAAGGAAGGAACAGACCUAGGAUACAGAGAGGUUCUGCUUCUUGGAUUCAGUUUGAGUGUGUUGGCUCUAGCUAGUGUUCUUGCGAAUCUCGACAUGGAAAUGGAUCCAAUCACAGCUGACUACAAACCCAUUACUGAACUACUUCCUCUUGGAUUAGUAGUGCUUGUGGUUGUGAUUAUGCUGUGCCCUCUCAACAUCUUGUACCGUUCGAGCCGCUAUUUUCUACUCGUCUGCGCCUUCCACUCCCUCUUAGCUCCUCUCUAUAAGGUUACAUUGCCAGAUUUCUUCCUAGCUGACCAGAUAACAAGUCAAGUUCAAGCUCUAAGAAGUCUAGAGUUCUACAUUUGCUACUAUGGUUGGGGAGACUACAAGCACAGGCAAAGCAACUGCAAAUCCAACGAUGUUUUCAACACCUUCUCCUUCAUCAUCGCUGGAGUCCCAUACGUAUGGCGCCUUCUGCAGUGUCUGCGUCGCCUAUAUGACGAAAGAGAUCCUCAUCAAGGCUACAACGGGGUGAAAUAUCUGGCGACAAUCCUAGCAGUGUGUGCAAGAACAGCAUACACCCUCAACGGAGGGGCUACCUGGAAGAUCAUAGCAUGGACCACCUCAAUCAUAGCAACGAUCCUCAGCACAUAUUGGGACAUUGUCGUAGAUUGGGGGCUGCUACAAAGCAAAUCUAAGAACAGAUGGUUGAGAGACAAGCUGCUUGUCCCACACAAGAGUGUCUACUUUGUUGCCAUUAUUUUGAAUGUAUUGCUGAGAUUAGCAUGGAUGCAGACUGUGAUGAGGAUCACCGUUUUCUCACUGCAUAGGCAGACAAUGGUUACCCUCGUGGCUUCUCUAGAGAUCCUUCGUCGCGGUCUCUGGAACUUCUUCAGGCUGGAGAACGAACAUCUCAACAACGUUGGAAAAUUCCGAGCUUUCAAAUCAGUGCCAUUACCGUUCAAUUACGAUGAAGAUGGACACAAACAUGAUUAGAAAUGCAGCUGCAAGAUUUGUAGUACAUGGGUUAAGAACGUGGCCUAUUCUUUGUAUCUUUACACAUUUCAAAUUGUAAUCGGAAAAAUUCACAUAUUCUGAAGUCUUUUUGCAUAAUAUUAAAUGUUUUUAUAAACAAAUUUCAGAUUCAAA